AUGUUAAUUCCAAUAAUUUUUCUCUUAGCUCUGGCAAAAUGUCAAGAUGAUACUAUUCAUCAAGAUGGUAUUGAAACAAUUCAAGAGAUCUCUCCUGAAGAACAACUCAGAUUGUUGUAGGAAUAGAAAUUAAAGAAGGAAAGAGAUACAAUUUAUUAUACGUGCAUCAUUUUAGCCAGAAUGCACUUGGGGAAUUAUGGAAGUGAACUUGUUGAGAUUGUAGACAAGUAACUAUUUAUUAUUAAUUGUAGUUAAGCUUCUAAGGUAGAACAAUAAAAUGUUUGGAUCAAAUUAUAUACAACCCAUGCAAUUUCAUGUUCCAAGUAGCUCACUUAUGAUGAAAGUGUUUAAGUGUUAUUAUAAGUGAGAGCAGAGGAGUUCGAUCAUUCUAGAUUACCUGCUUUGUUUUAGGAGAUUGAUUUCAAUCAAUUCAGAAACGGUUCUUGGGAAAGAGAAAUCAGCGAUUUGGAGAAUACAGUGUGGAAAUACAUUGAAGUAUAGUAAAUUGUUGAAAAUAAUAGGACUUUGAAUCUGCAUUGGCUGAAGAUUCGAAUAAGAAAAAACAAUUGGAGAGAGAGAGAGACGACGAUUACGAUGACUUGGAUCUAGAGUACUUGAAGAUUGCUGCUUAGUAGACAAAAGGAAAACAUAGAACCUUACAUGAAUAUCAACCAAAAUUACAAAAAGCCAACUUCUCAGAUAUUCUAUUCUUAAUAUUUGCGUUUGUGUCCAUAGGAGUGGGGAUUAUGUGGAUCAUAAGAAAAUUAAGUUCAGCAGAUGAGUAAUAGAAAAAGAAGAAAACUAAACAGAAUUGA